UUAAACAGAUCAAGCUGCCCAAGCCAGUGAAAAUACAGCAGGCAUUCGAGAAGCUGUUCAAAAAGAACAACUACACGAAAAUAGUGCAGAGUUAACUUUAUUGGUUAGUUAUUAUAGUUGAAAUUAAAUGGCCGCAGAGUUUAGUGCAAAUAUUAGUAGAAGUAGUAGAAAAAACUCCGAUUACACUGAUAAAGAGCCGCCGGACCGAUCGCCUAAUUUUAUAACUGAACAAACUGAAUUUGUCGGGAAAGGCAGUACUAAGACAUUAAAACAUAGAAGGACCAGAAGUAGGAGUGGUAACAGAAAACCGCCGGCACUUUUGAGCCUGUCGGAUGAAAACUUUUUCGAGGAUCUAGAAGAUUACGUUAAAGUCAUGGCUGUAGCAAGAGAUACAGUGGUGAAUGAGAAUACAGACGAUGUAUGGACCCAACUACAACAAAAGGAAUCUGAUUUGCUGCUGGCAGCAGAAUUGGGUAAAGCUUUGCUGGAGAAAAAUGAGGACUUGAAGAAAGAACAGGAGCGUUUGGCAGAGGAAUACUCCAAAAAACUUGAGGAGUUGGAGCAGGAGAAGCAUCUGUUGCGGCGACGACUGGACACCACGCAAGGAGAGUAUGAGUCACGGCUGUUGGAAUUGCAGAAUGACAUCAAGGAGCUCACUGCCAAGAUCGGCACUAGGGAUAACUCAGUUAAGCAGAGAGAUGAAGAGAAAGCCGGUUUGAUAGCAGAGCUAACUGCGCAAAAUUCGCGUCUAACGGUGCAGUUGAAGGAGUCAUCAGCUACGGAAGCACAACUUCUGGCGCAACUUGAGGGGCUGAAGGAUCAGUGCUCUAUUAGGAAAACUAGCCUGCAGGAUCAUGUGCAAAGUUUGGAGUCCCUGAAAGCUGAGCUGGCGCUCAUGAGUGAUAAGAGGUCUGAUUUGGAACGAAGACUGACCACUUCUCACCGCGAUAAAGACAAUUUGAUCCAGCAACUUGAUGAGGCAAACGACAGAAUCGCUGCUCUUGAAAGACAACUGAAAGAACAAGAACACUUAUAUCUGAACACCCUUAAAGAGCUGGAACGCCUCCAAAGAUCCCAUGACACGCUCGCCGAGCGCGUUGGGGCUCCGGACGCGACCGACGUUACCGACACGGCGCGCUCCUUACACGCAGAAAUGGAAACCGAACCGGAAGAAGACGACAAUAACUGGCUGAGAAGUGAGGCUGUUCAGGUCUUCAAGCAGCUAAGAACCCUUGCUUUGCAGCUAAAUACCGGACACGAUGACGAUUCAGGGCUCCAUUCAGAUCUAUCUCUGACUUCUUUGGAUGGUGAUGAAGGUGAAACUCUUCGCCGUGGGGCGUUAGCGGCCGCGUGUGCUGACGCCGUUGCAGCCUACGCCCAACUGGAAGGUUCAAGAGUUCGAGACUCAAUUGCUGCGCAUGCCAGACGGGCGAUGGAGAGGGAGAGGCAGAUUGAUGAGAAGAACGACGUCAUCGCCGAUUUAUCUUCUAAGUUGUCCGUAGCAGAAGUGGAACUUCGCGCAGCUGCAGAAGAACGAGACAAACUACUGAACGACGCAAACUACAACAGUCUUCAGCAUGAUGACGCAGUGACUAAGGCCAGGCAAGAAAGAGAUGAAGCUAUCGACAGAAAGAAGACAGUAGAGGUUGCUUUGGCGAAGACAAGGGUAGAACUAAUGCAAGCUAACAGCCAGCUGUACGAGGCGGUGCGACAGAAGAUUGACCUUGGACAACAACUGGAGCAGUGGCAGAUGGACAUGCAAGAGCUUAUCGAAGAGCAGAUGAAGCACAAACUAACAACCCAAGAGAGAAGGAGGAAGCUCCCCGAACCGCCUGCACCAACAAGGACAUCCAGGAUCCUUGGAUUUUUUCAACGGUGAUCUGCUGUACCCAACUCUUGGUGCAUCUAUCUCCGGCCAUAAACAAAAACACCGCCACCAUUUUAUAUCUAUUUAUUAUUAAACAUCACGACGAAAACAUUUUUCCCGCUGCGUUGAGCGUUUUUACGCCAUUGUACAAAGAUAAUUUAUCAUCUGUGGCCCUCGUGGCCGCCAUCUUGUCUACGGACGCGUUCGCCUUUGUAACGUUCGUAAGUUAUAGUGUAAUUUUAUUUUUAAAACCUUGUGAUGUUUAUACAUUUGCAGUGAUAGUUAUUGUCUUAAUUAGAUUGUUUAUAGUAAGUGUACGUUUAAUCAUAACGUUUUACUGAGUUUUAGGUGAAUUACGAGAUUGUAGGUUAUCUAUAACUGCACUUGGCUGAAUAAAUCUUUGGGCAUUCCGUACAAAAAUAGCAUAAGAAAAAAAAUCAUUCCUUAC